AUGUUAGAGUUAAGAACUAGUUCAAAUACCAAUAAGAAAAAUAGUAAACUUGAUGAAAAAAGUAAGAAACCAGUUGUAAAAGGUGAAAACGAUAAUUCAGACGAUUUAAAAAAUAUAUAUAAUGAAGAUUCUAUGAAUAAAAUGGAUAAUUAUAUGAAUUACUCAGAACAAAAAACUCAAAAUUAUCCAAUAAGUAGAACAACAACUUCUAACGUAAUUAAUGGUGGAAGUAUGGAGAGUGUAAAUGAUGGAGCAUUUAAUAAUAGCUCCAAGUCCGCUAAUGUUUCGAAUGAUUAUGAAAAUACAAAACAAGUAAAUGAAAAUGUGCAUACAAAAGUAGAACAAGGCGAAAGUAAUGAAUACGAAAAACUGGAUGACAAAAAUAGAAAAAUAAUAAAAUACAAAAGUAAUGAUGAUAAUGAAACUGUUGAUUUUGAAUCUCCAAAAAUAGAAUUUAAAAUAAAUGAAAAGGAGCAUAAUAAUGAAAAUAAUUUAGAAAAUGAAAACGAGAAGGUGAAAGAAUCUCAUAAUGAAAAAUUGAAUGACAUUAAAUUUGAUUUAAAUUAUAAAAAUGAAGAUACAAAUGUAGUCUUAAAAGAAGAAGCACCCUUAUCAUAUGAAAUGGAAAAUGUAUAUAAAAAGAAUAGUUGCCCAUCAGAUUGUAAUGAAAAUAAUCAUAGUGAUAAUAAUAACAUUAAUAUUAAUAAUAGUAAUGAUAACAACUUUUUGGAUAAAAUCUGUGAAGAUGAAGAAUCAAAAGAAAAGUAUGAUGAAAAUUUUAUUAAUUUUAACAAUCCUUGCGGAUACAAAGAAGAAAUAAAAAAAGAAAACCCACUACUUAAAGAAGAAAAUGAAACGGAAAAUAAUAUAAAUAAGUUAAAUGAUGAUAUAAAUUUAAGUGAUGAAAAUAAUGAAAAUUUAAAAAACUCUUUAAUAAAGGAACUUUUAGCAAAAAAUCAAAAUAAGGAGUCAUGGAAUGAUCAAAAUAAAUCAUUUUCUUUAAUUGAUAAUAUUUUAAAUUUAAAAAAUGAUGAACGAUUAAAUAAUCAAUUAAACAAAUAUUUGAAUGAAGAAAAAAAUAAUUUAGAAAGUAAUAAAAAGGCAAAUGAUACAUUAUUAGAAAAUAGCAAUUGUGAUAAUUUAAAUUGUCUCAUUUCUACUACAAAUAAUAAAGAAUCAACUAAUAAAAAUGAAAAUUUGAUGAAACUGAAAAUCAUUUGCUUAAGUUAUUUAAGAAUUUUGAAAAGGCUAACAUCCUUAUGGAGUGAAACAGAUAAAGCAUUUGAAUAUCAUUUUGUUAAUUUAUUAAAUAAUGUAAAUUCAAAUAAUUUAGAUAAUUAUUUAUGUUGUUUUUCCAACAUAAAAAUAUGUUUUAUUAAAAAUGUAUUUUUGGAUUCUUUUAUAGAAUGUAUUGAAGAAUUAGAAAUAAUAAAAAAAUUUAAAACAUCAGAAAAAAAAGAAGAUACAGGUGAAAAAGGAGUAAUGGAUAAAAAUGAAUUUCAUAAACAAAUUUUGGAAGAAGUGGAAAAUAAUUUAACGAAGGAAAUUAUUGAAGAAAUAUUUCAGUUAACAUUAAAAAAUCCAUAUUGCAAUAAUAAUUAUUUAAAUAAUAUGAAUUCUUCAGAUGGGGAACACAAUGCAUUAUCUAUUUUUAAUGAGUCAAAUAAAAACAACGUAUGUAACAGUUCAAACACAAUUUUUGAUUUGAAAAAAGGAAAAGAUUAUUUGAAUUGUAGUAACAGAAAUAUGUGUAAUCCAUUGGGUAAUUGUGUAUCAACUCAAAGUAAUCACACAUGUAAUUCUCAUACAAAUCAUUCAUGUGGGGGUACAUAUCCUUUAAAUUACUCAAACAGUUUCCCUUUUAAUUGUAUGAAUAAUAAUAUAGGUAAUUCUACCAGUAAUAUCAAUAAUAAUAAAAAUAAUUUAAUAAAUAAUACCAAUGCAAAUAGUAAUAAUAAUAAUUAUAAUAAUUAUUCUAUUGGUUCUAAUAUGUGCAAAAAAAAAUGUAACUAUUCGGAUGAAAAUAUUUUGAACAAAUUAAAUGUAAGUAUUGAUUAUAAUUCUUAUAAUGAUUUUAACAAUAAUUAUAUUCAAGAAGCAGAAAAAGUAGUAGAAAAAUAUAAGAAUUUGAGUAAACUAAAUUCAAAAGAUAGCGAUAAUAUGUAUAACUCGUGCAGUCACUCAAAUUUACAAGAUAUAAAUAAUAAUAAUAAUUUAAAUGCUUAUUUGCAAUUAAAAAUGUUUAUUUCUGAAUAUGAAAAUUUAUGUAAAAAUGAUAAAAUAAAGUUAAAAGAUUUGGAUUUAAGUGCAAAUGACCUUAACUUUUUGAAAUGUUUGUAUGCCCAUUUAAACUCGUCUAAUAUUCUAGAGGAUAAAGGUAUUAGUGAUAUAUAUAACGGUGAAAAUGAUUCAAAAGAAUCGAAGAAAAACUGUUAUGAAAAUAAGUUGAAGUUGGAAUGCUCUAGUAAUAAUGAUUUAAAUAAAUUGAUUCCAAAUUAUAAAUUGAAUGAAGAUGAAAAUUAUGAAGAUAGAGAAAAUUAUUCUAAAUAUGAAAGGGAUCAAGGAUUAUUAAAUGCAAAUGAUAACAAUUUGAAUUAUUUAUCGAACAGUUUUCAGAAUAUAUUAAGAAAAAGAAAGAUAUAUGAUAAUUAUUUAUCCAAAUGUAAUAAUAAUUCAAAUAUGAAUAAUAACUCAUGUUAUGACUUAAAUUAUCUUUUAUACAAUACUAAUGUUUUAAAGAAAUUAAAAUUUAAUUUAUUAGAAAAUAAAAAAAAUGGGCAUAACAAUGAUUUUAGAAAAAAAGAUUCUAAUGAUUUAUCGGUAGAUGACAAUAGUUCACACUUAAAUUCAAGAAAAUCCUAUGUAUAUAAAAAUAAUAUUUUAAAUAAUUUAAAAAAUUUCAAAGAUAUGUUAAAUUUAUCACAAGAAGGUAUAAAUAAAAAAGGAUCAUUUAAAAGUUCUGAACAUAUAAACCCAAGUACAUUAUAUGAUUUUAUUUUAAAUACUAAUAAUUCUAGUAAUGCACGUGAAAAUUCAUUACAGCAUAAUACCAUUACAAAUAAUAUAAGCAGUAAUAAUAGCAGUGCUAAUAAUAGUAAUAACAAUAAUAGUAAUGGUAUUAAUAUAAACAGCAGUUAUAAUAUAAAUAACAGUAGUAUUCAAAAAAAAAAUAGUUAUGAUUAUAAUCCUGAUUACAAUUCCAAAAUUAGUGCAAAUGGCUCCGAUUUAUCCUUAAAUAAUCAAGAAAAUAAUGAUGGAAUAUUAAAUAAUGGGAAAGUAGAAAGUAACAUUAAUUAUAAAAAUAAGAAUGAUAUUAAUAAAAAUAUAUCUCUGAAUAAUAAAAACACCAAAAACAUAAAAAAUGCUUCUAGUAGUCCAGUAUCAACAAAUUACGGAAUGGGAAAAUUAAAAUAUGAAAUGCCAGUUGGAGUAAAUCCGAAUGAUGAUAAAGUAAAAGGAGUUUAUUUUUCAAAAUCACCAAGAGGAGUAGGUAAAUGGAAUGCAUAUUUUCAAAUAGCAAAUAAUAAGAGAUUAUUUACUAGUUUCAGUGUAAGUAAAUAUGGAUAUAGUGAAGCAAGGAAAUUAUCCAUAUUAAAAAGAACAGAAUGGGAGAAAGAAUACAAGCAUCAUACAGAUUUAAAGAAUUCUGAUUCUAAAAAAGGAAAAAAAAAAAGUCAUGUUGCUUCAAGUAAUUUGCUUAGGAAUAAUGUAAAAAAUAUAUCUAAAGGAAAUUCUAAUAAUUCUAAUAGUGAUGCAUCUUUAUCAUAUACAAAAGAUAAUCAACUAAAAGAAGACUGUUUAUUGUACUCCAAUGACGAAGAAGGUUUAAUAAGUAAUAAAAUAAAUACUGAUAUACCGAGUGAUGCAAAUGAUCACCAAUCAUCUAAUAAAAAAAUAAAUAAAUUAAAUAUGAGCAAUAAUGGAUAUAUAAAAGUAGAAGAUAAUUUAAAUUUUUUUAUUGAAUGCGCAAAAAAUGAAAAUGAAUCGUUCAAUUCAGUAGAUUUAUUAAGAUCAAGUCUAACUAACGAUAAAAAUACUUCCAAAAAAAAUUCCUUAAAUUAUACGCAAAAUUCUAUGUCUAAUUCUUUUAAUAAUGUUAUUGAUAAUAAAAAUUCCUUAAAUUCGUCGAGGAUUUUAUCUAAUUCCUUAGGUUUAUCAAAUAAAUAUAUUAGAAAUUUACAUUUUCCAACUAUUGAUUCUCAUGCUGUUAGUAAUUUUUUAGAAGCUGUAACAGAUGACCAGAAAAUAUCAUCUUAG